ACAUCGAGCAGCGCGGCGGGGUGAUAAAGAUCGACUUCCUUCCUCUGCCGGGGCACUGACAUGGAGUUGGGGGGUUAUAAAUGCCGGCAAAACAUUUUCUCACACAAACAAGCCAACAGACUGGCGCAAUGCGCGAGGACUUAAACGGACACAGCCGCGGUUCAAACAUGAAGGAUGUAACGGGACUCGUUGUUUUUGUGUUGACUGUCCUGGUGGGCAGAGCUGGGGGGAUAGAGCCGACUAGCGAAUUCUGCAUCGGGACCCAGUGUUUCACUGUAUUCCAAGAACCCAGUGACUUCUCAGCCGCGCAGAUCCAGUGCGGAGAUCAGGGCGGCCACUUGAUGACGGUGCGGUCGACGGUAUCCCAUGAUAUUCUUCAUAUCCUGCUGGGGAACUGGACGGGCCGCUUCUGGAUCGGGUUACAUCUACCGAGCGGCUGCCCGGACGCCGCUGCCGUGCUCAAAGGCUUCCAGUGGGUGACCAAAGACAGCGGAAGUGACUGGUUCAACUGGGCGCCGAGUUUUGACAGCAGCUGUUCUUCCCAUCGCUGCGUCUCAGUUUCCCAAGAGGACGACUUGAAAUGGACCCAGCAGCCAUGCGAGGAGCGCGCGGACGGGUUUCUGUGCGAGUACAGCUUUAGUGACUCGUGUAAAGGACUAACGGUUGCAGAGGGCGAGACCGUCACAUACAGGACCCCCAUGGGGUUUGUGGGUGAGGAUGUACUGUCUUUGCCGCCUGGGAGCACCGCUGUCCGGAUGCCGGCUAAGACUAAAUACGUCUGCUCCUCGGAGCAGUGGCUGCAGGCGCCCUGGAGCUGCGAGAUCCUCCAAGGCGGGUGUGAGUACAAAUGCGCAGUGCCCCCCAACAAUGUGCCCUCCUGCUACUGCCCGCCGGGCCAAAUAAUCAACCCUGCGAAUAAAGUCACCUGCGAAGCGAGCGCAGAGGAUCCGUGUCUGUCCCUGCGCUGCGCGCACGCCUGCUACAAGAAAGGAGACUCCUACGCGUGCAUGUGUGACCACGGCUUUAAGCUGGCGCGGGACGGCAGGUCCUGUACAGACUUCCCCGAUUGCAGGGACAAGCGCCUGUGUACAGGGGAGAACUUCAAGUGCGUCAACGUCCCCGGAGGGUUCCAGUGCGUGUGCAAGGACGGAUACAAGAGGAAGGACGGCCUGUGCGUUGACGUGGACGAGUGCGCGUCCGCUCCGUGUGAGCACCUGUGCACAAACAGCCCUGGUGGCUACACGUGCUCUUGUUAUGAGGGAUACAAAGAGGACUCAAAGUCACCGGAUAAGUGUAAGCUCCACUGUGGGAAGGAGGAAUGCGCCGCCGAGUGCGACCCGAACGACCAGUUCAUGUGCUUCUGCCCGGACGGUUACAUAGCAGAUGAAAGGGGGGUGCAGAUGGUUUGUAUAGACAUCGAUGAAUGCUCUUCUUCCUAUUGUGAUCAGGGUUGUAAAAACACAUUCGGCAGCUAUGUGUGCACGUGCUCUGCGGGAUAUAAACUAGUUGAAGAGUUCCGGUGCGUAAAAAGCAGCGAGGGUGAUGGGGGGGCGGGGGUCUCCGGCGCGGGCACGACUCCGAACAUGCCCACAGGAUCAGCCGCGCCGUACCCAGAGCCUACACGGCAUCCGUCAGUGGUGACAGUGGGGGGUCUCGUGGGGAUAAUCGUGUGCACCGUGUUUGUGGUGGUGUUGGUGGUGUUUCUGGCUCAUCGCAUCCUCCGGCUGGGCAGAGGGAAGAAGGAGAGCGCAGAAGGGCUCAAAGCUCCGGAGGGCGAAGCUCACGGUCUACAGCAGCUGACAAGUGACGCGUAAAAGAAAAAGAAAAGAAAAAUAAAAGACAUAAAGGACGACAUGUGAAUGUACAGCAGCCUCGGAAACCACAGAGACAUUUUUGGACAGGUUGUGUCUGAAAGAAUGAAUAUUCACUGCCUUAGGACUGGUUCUGUUUCCACUCCCAUACACCACAUGCAAUGUAAUUAAACAUGGCAGAG